AUGUCGCUUUUUUGUAGGCUGGGGCAAAGUGCUGGGGGUGCAGUAAAUAAAGGGGGUGAAGAGGAUGUGGGACUCGUGGUAAUUAAGAGGAGGGGAACGGCAAGUCAGUUCAUUUCUUCCUUCUCUCUCUAUUCUUCUCUGUCAAAUCUGAAGAUCUGCAGCGGAACGAAGAAAUCGAUGUGCUCCUCCACGGCCAGCGAGAGAACAGGCGGUGCUGCUGAUGGAAUAAGAGAUGGUUUGCACAGUUUGUCUGAGCCCUUGUUGACCGCGAGAGCAGGGGAAGCGGCAUCAGUAUGUAUGUCUGGAAGGAGUUCAAGAAGGGAGGGGGUUGUUACAUGCAAUGAAAGGGUUUGUUCCGACAACCUGACGGGAGAUAGGUUGACAUUCAAGGCAAACAAACAUACAUACACUGUGAAGUGUCACAAGGGGCGCAAGCAGAGUGCAUUGUAUGGGAGAGGGUGGAGAAAGUUUGUUGCACACAACAAGCUGGGGAAGGGUCAGAUGGUUUUGUUCUACUUGGACCAACAUUCACCAAGGGCGGUUGUUUGCGUGGUCUAG